AUCCUUGAGCCAGUGAAUUUAGUGACCCGUUCAGGUACUUAUCGCCCAUAUUCGCCCCCGAGGCUGCCGCACCCACUGCCACCCAGUAUCUAUGUAUUGUAUGUAGCUAGGCCGGAAUAAGCCGUUUUGGAUAGUUAAGCCCUGGAGCGCUUCCCUGUUGCUCAAACGUCAACUUCAUUUAGAAGCUUCAGCCUUCUAAGCUCCAUCUUAUUCUACGUACCUCAUUAUUAUUACAUCAAUUCACCAACGUAACCAAUUUCCACAUAAAGGCUCAACUUCAAUCAACAAUAUGCGUCUCUUCCACACUGCUGCGGUGUUAGCAGCUUGCUUCACAUCGGCGCAAGCAUUCUCUGAUACUUCCCCUUUCAUCCUGUUCUCGACAGCUAACCUUUACUUCCCUGGGAAUCACAAAGAAAUACAGUCAAGCACCCAAGUUCAUAAUGAUGUCGAGCAGAUACUGGCUAAUUGCCCAACCGAGCGAUACCUCAUUAUCAACCAACCGAAUCUCAACAAUGCCGACCUGUCCUGGAAAAACUUGGACAAGAUGAUCAACCUUGUUCACGCAGUACAACUGGCUUAUACGCGAUGGAGUACUGUCGAGGUCGUUGGAGAGAUGGACACCAAGGAAAUAUCGGCAUACAUCCGGAAAGUCUGUGCGAAUAAGAGACAGCCCUUCAUCGAAGAGCUCACCUUUGCUCCUCUCCCGUCAACUGAUGAUGGCGCUAAGACGCUGAAACAAAAUGACGAGGAGCUUAGCAUCAUUCUGGAGCAAUAUAAAAGGCAGGGUUCUUACACUGUCAUCUAUGCCGGCGGCCCCAAGAAGGAGACACUCAAGACCUAUACGCCCGAGUUCGAGGAGACUACGCGUCAGGAAUUGAAGAGACAGCUCAACCCCGUCCAACCGAGAGCAGACAAUACCACCAACCUUCCCCUCUUCCAGAAAUACCAAUACUUUACCCCAGGCAUCUUUAUGGCUUUGAUCACGUUAAUAGUCCUGAUGACCAUUCUGUACGGCGGUAUCGCCGCAGUUGCUAGUCUCGAAGUCCCGUACGGCGCGUUUGACAAGGAGAUGGGCCCGGCCGCGCAAAAGAAGCAGCAGUAAAGGGCAUACAUGCAUACAUGCCAAAGCAAUCCAACUGGGUGUGAUAAUUAGGUGGUAUGAUCCAAGUAGUCAGUAGCAAUGUACGAUUUUGGGUUCACGGGAGUCCGGAUAAUGGGUAGCAUAGAAGUCGACUAAGGCUUCCAAACAUACGACAGCUUGUCAUCAAACGGGAGGAGACUGUAGAUAUAGUAUGCAA